CGCGGAGCUCGAUGAAUGCGCAACCGACGUGGAGAGAGUCGAUUGUGCCUUCUGCAGCGACGAUCGUUGCUCCUGCUCCAAUUUGAAGAUCAAUUGAGUGUUUCAGUUCUUACGGAAUUACUCUUAGAACUCGAUCUAUUAAUGGCUGCUGCAUCUGCAUCUUCUUCUUCCUCUAGCUCUCCUUGGAAAUACGACGUGUUCAUCAAUUUCAGAGGGGAGGACACUCGUAGGAGCUUCGUCAGCCACCUCUACGAAGCCCUGAAUGAGAAAACAAUCCACACCUUCAUCGAUGCCGAAGGGCUCCGAAAGGGCAACGACCUGUCGCAGCUACUGACGGCGAUCCAAGAUUCGCGCGUUUCAAUCGUAGUUUUUUCUCAAAAAUAUGCUUCUUCCACAUGGUGCUUGAAGGAGCUCGUCAAAAUACUAGAAUGUAUGGAUAGAAAGGAACAGAUGGUGGUGCCUGUUUUUUACGAAGUGGAUCCUUCUGAUGUCCGCAAAGCUUUUGCCGAGCAUGAGGGCCAUUCUAACACCGACAUGGAAGAGGUGCGGAGGUGGAGGUCCGCUCUUAGUCGAGCCACCGAAUUAUCCGGCUGGGUUUCGAAAAAUUGCGAGAAUGAUGUCAAGCUCAUUAAGGAAAUUGUAAACGAUAUUUUUCAGAAAUUGAUCCGCACCUCGUCAAGUAAAGACGAUAACUUGGUUGAAAUGGAUUCCCGCAUGCAUGAAAUGGACUUGCUAUUACAACCCUCUCCUGAAAUGGACGACGUUCGUGUUGUUGGAAUAUGGGGUAUGGGUGGUAUAGGCAAAACCACCAUAGCUAGAGCUGUUUAUGAGAAAAUUGCUUGUCAAUAUGAAGCUUGUUGCAUUCUUUACAAUGUCAAGGAAGGGUUCUCCACUUGUGACGCCGUACAUAUGCGGGAAAAGCUUCUAUCUGGAAUCUUGAACGAAAAGGUGCAGAGUUCAGGCACUUUGGAUCAAGGUUACAGAAUGAUACUAAGAAAGCUACAGAUGAAAAAGGUUUUGAUUGUUCUUGAUGAUGUUGACAACGUAUUUCAAAUUGAAACCUUAAUUGGAAAGCAACGUUCAUUUGGUGGUGGGAGUAGAAUCAUUAUCACAACUAGAGAUAAGCUAGUUCUAAGUCCAGCUGAUGCGAUCUACAGCCCCAAGGUUCUAAGUGGUGAUGGAGCUUUGGAACUCUUUAGCCAGUAUGCCUUCAGAACAAAGCAACCCAAAAGAGACUAUGACAAUCUCUCAACCCGUGCUGUACGAUAUGCUCAAGGUCUCCCUUUAGCACUUAAAGUCUUGGGGGCUUUUCUUUAUGACAAAUCUGUGCAGGAGUGGGAAGAUGUGCUAAAGAAAUUAAAGAAAAUCCCGCAUAGGGGAAUUCAUGAUGUGCUAAGAACAAGCUUCGAUGGACUAGAUGAUUCUGAGAAGGCCAUAUUUUUGGAUAUUGCAUGUUUCUUUAAAGGAGCGGAAAAAGACAACGCAACAAUGGUUCUGGACAGUUGUGGCUUUUAUCCCCAUACUGGGCUAAGAGUUCUAAUUGAUCGAGCUCUUAUAACUGUCUCAUCGGAAAUAUUGGAGAUGCAUGAUUUACUAGAGGAAAUGGGUCGGGAAAUUGUCCACCAAGAAUCUAUUAAAGAGCCUGGGAAACGCAGUAGGUUGUGGAAUUAUGAAGAUGUUCAUCAUGUGCUAACUCAAAAUACGGCUACGGAAGCUGUUGAAAGCAUAAUCCUUGACCUUUCAUUCUCAAAACCAAAAGUGGUAUACUUCAGUUCCGAAGCUUUUGUUAAAAUGACGAAAUUAAGAUUGCUCAAAAUCCACGGCCACAAUGGAUAUUCAUGUGAGAAUUUAAAGUUUCUUCUGCAUGAGUUAAGAAGUCUCGUAUGGAAGCAUUUCCCCCUAAAGUCUUUACCGUCCAAUUUUAUUGCAAAGAAUCUUGUUGAGCUUGACAUGCAAAAUAGUCUCAUUGAACAUCUUUGGGAAGGAGCCAAGGAAACUGCAAUUGAUACAAGAGCUUUCACCAAGUAUAACUUACAUGCGCCUGAUUUCACAUCUUUGGAAACAGAAGAAAUUGCAAGAUGGAAAGCUACAGCAGAGGAAGAAGCUGCUGUGGGCACAGGUGUAGAACAAGAAUUUGUAGCACAGCUGAAAUCAAUAGAAACGAACUUCAAUUUGAUGAUGGAAUGCAGGGAAAAUGCAGGGGAGAGCCUUCUCUCGCUCUCAAAGCCGGCGAAUCACGUCGCACCACCAGUGUUCCUCCGCUUUACUGAAGAUCACAACCACCAAGCCAUUAUCUCUGCUGGGUCAAGAUUAAGUUCACAGCAAUUUGGGUUUACUUGGACCCUGAAAUUAUGUCACAUCUUCAACAAUGGAAGACCAAAAAGGCAAAUGAACUCGGAAGAUGAUGACUUCUUUGAUGCUCUGAUUUCUGCCCUGCUGAGAAAUUCAUUAGGGUUGUGGUGACCAAGGAGAUCAAAGGGUCCCAAUAUGGAGUGCAGAUUGAGAGUGCUGUGAGGGACAGAUUGGCAGCUGAUGACAAAUAUGAGGAAGAGGAGAAUGUACGAUAUAUAAGUGUGCAAUGGGUGGUUCCACUACUGAGACAUUUUGUGAUGAAAUCUCACACGUGCUAAGAUUGUGUUUACACAUUGGAGAACUUUGGGAAGAAUGAACAACCAUCCAAGUAUGGAGAUGCAAAGUCUACUAGGGCGAUCAUGUCGGUUGAACUUAAGAAACUGAUUGAAGCGAAUCCAUUACAGUGAUAAAUUGCAGUUCCCAAAUCGUAAGUGUUCGACGCUAUAGACUCUCAUUAACCAAGGGUAAUUACUCUGAAACUACGACUUCAGUUAUAUAAGAUUAGCUGUGCACUUCAUUGUGACUUAUGGAUGUUGUUGCAUAUACUGGUAUUGCUCUAAUGAUUCCACGUAGCGAAUGAGUGCUUUUGUUUUCUGUUGCAUUCAGAAUGAGAAUUUCAUCAAGUUGAUAGCACUAGCGAAUGAGUUUAUCGUUUACAUACAUUGUCUAUAUGGCUAU